UUGUUUUAUGCACAAUCGGUGGUUCUCCUGAUUCACAGCCCUGCUUACUGGUGUGCUCUCUUCUCGGGCUGUACAUGCCAUGGCUGGGGACGUCGUCUAUGCUGACUUAGACAUCCCGGGAGCCCGCUUACCUCGUUCAUCUCAACCCCACAAUUUCCAUCAGUGUCCGCACUGGCAUCAACUUGUCUUGAAGAUCGGAGCUGCUGGGUACGUUGUCCUGCUGAUGACACUCAUAGUGCUGAGUGUUUGGGUUUUUCAGGGCUCCUCAGGGAGUGGACUGGCCCCUGAAGGCAAUGUGGUCUCCGAGAGACCCAGAAAUGAAAGUAAAUGUGUCGCCAGCCUGGAGAAAUUGUCUCACCUGAAACAGCACCUGUGUGACCCACCCCAAAGCCGAUCAACAGAGGGCUCCAGGUGUGUAUUUUGCCCCAGGGACUGGCUGCCGUACAAGGGAAAAUGUUACUGGGUGUCUAAAGAAACUAGAAUGUGGAACAGCAGCCGUGAUGACUGCUUAAUGAAGAGCUCUCGUUUACUGGUGACCCACGACCAGGAGGAGAUGGAUUACAUACACACAAUUACAACCGAGAAAAAUUCUCUUUGGAUUGGAUUAAACUUUAAAUCUCCCAAGAGGACGUGGAUUUGGGUAGAUGGCUCCCCCUUCAAUAGAGACCUCGCAGGGAAACCCAGUGGAAGGGACUGCGGGGUGUUAAAAAGAAACCAGAUUGCGUUGGAAACCUGCAGUGCUGAAUUAAAAUGGAUCUGCCAGAAAGACGCGCUCCUGAUCUAAGCAAGACCGUUGCAGAACUGACAGAGAAAAGGUCUUCUGUCUGGGUCUGCCCCAAGAUUAUUGUAAGGGCUUUGUAACUUCCUUUGUUCCACUGUUUGAUGCAUCUGGGGCAGGAUCCCAGCUGAUGUAAAUCAGCGCGGCCUCGUUGGCAGAGCUGUGGGCCAGCUUACACGAGAUGGGGAUGUUGCUGACACUGAGGUGACCCCCGAUGGUUGAUUCACUGCUCCAGCUGCAUGUUCUCCUGCACGGCUCUUUCCCCAUCCUGCUUCUCUCUCUUGCUGAGAUUCCUGGUGGGGACUGGACCCUGCUGUCAACCUGGGUUGUUUAAGUCCGGUGCUCACUAAACGCCUCUGAGCAGGAUUAGGUGGUAUGGUGCGUACUGUAGUAGGAAGAGGCCCUGAACCAUAAGCCCAUGUACCAGAGGUCCGGUAUGAGGCCUAAGGCCUGGGCUAAAGUGGUCAAAACUUUGCUGACAUGAAGCAAAAUCAGAUUGUAAGCAAGAGGCAGGCCCUGCUCACACAAACACAUUCCAGGGUGGUACCAGAACACCUCGAUACCAGCACAUUGCCCACAGAUAUCAGCAACACACUGACCCUUCUUAAUGACAAAGUCAGAUAACAACAUGAUGAACACAGAUGUUUUGUUCAAACCAACACGUACAAGGUACAUGGUGGCCCCUGAAUAUGUCAGGGGGUGGCACCCUGAUACAUCAGAAGUGAUACAUAACUUGUUUGUAUCUGUGUAUAAAGAUGUAUCUCAGAGACUGUCUUUGUCCGGUCUAGGGGACAGCGGAAAGUCCUGCCACCAGCUGAGCUAGUCCAUCGCAACGGGCAUACAGGUGUUAGCGUACCUGUAAUCGUCAAGCCAGGGCAUUAGGACUGUGCUUUAUUGACAAUAAACCUGACCAAGCGCCUUCGCACCUUAAUGGAUCGUGUAGUCAUUGAGUGGUUUGCUCGAGGUUGGCUAUGCCAGCUGUCUGCGCAGAGCUGGGAUGGCACA